AUGCCGUCUUUCAUGAAGCUUGCUGCUGCGGCUCUUGCCGUGGCUGCCCCUCUCGUUUCAGCUCAGACUUACUCUGACUGCAACCCAACGAAAGAGUCAUGCCCUGCGAACAAGGGUUCGACCGAGUCCAACCUGCACUUUGACUUCACCAAGGGUGAUUCCCUUGACCAGUGGAAGAUCAGUGGCGGCAAAGUUCCCACCGGCCCCAAUGGUGCUGAGUUCACUAUCAACAAGGAAGGAGAUGCUCCUACCCUUGUCAGCGACUUCUACUUCUUCUACGGUGAAUUGUCCAUUGAGAUGAAGACUUCUCCUGGCCAAGGCAUUGUCAGCUCCGCCUUUUUGCAAUCUGAUGACCUGGAUGAGGUUGACUGGGAAGCAUUGGGCACAAAGACCGACACCAUUGAGACCAACUACUUCGGAAAGGGCGAUACCUCGACCUAUGACCGUGAGACUUGGGUCCCUGUCACUACCCCCCAUGAUACUUUCCACACCUACACCAUCCAGUGGAGCAAGGACACCAUCAGCUGGUUGAUUGAUGGUGCCAAUAUCCGCACUCUUAACUACAAGGAUGCCCAGGGAGGUGAUCGCUUCCCCCAGACCCCUAUGAACAUCCACGUUGGUAUCUGGGCCGGUGGUGCUCCCACCAACCCCGAGGGUACCAUUGAGUGGGCUGGUGGUCCCACCGACUACUCCAAGGGCCCUUACUCCAUGUACAUCAAGAGCAUCAGCGUUAAGAACGCCAACCCCGCCGAGUCUUACACUUGGUCCGACAAGUCUGGCUCAGGCAACAGCAUCAAGUUCACCGGCUCCAACGCCGUGAGCUCGCGCAGCACCACCAUCGACGCUGCCACCAGCUCUUCCGAGGCUUCCUCUUCCACCACCGAGUCUCCUUCUACCACCACCGAGAAGAGCACUUCCAGCGCUGCCACCACCCUGUCUACCAAGACCUCCAGCUCCUCGUCUGCCGAGUCCACUGCCGCUUCUACCUCCAGUGCUGCCAGUGCCUCCAGCUCUGGUGCCUCCCCCAGCGGAUCUAGCAGCUCUGGCUCCGGUUCCAGCUCGGAUGCUAGCUCCAGCUCUGGAUCUAGCUCCGGCCCCAGCACCAGUUCCAGCUCCCCCUCGGGCUCUGGAUCUGGCUCGUCCACCAGUGCCAGCGCCAGCGCCAGCCCUAGCUUCAAUGCAGCUGCCUCCGUUGUUGCGAGCUACAUGGGACCUGUCUCCCUCCUAGGUCUGGUGACUGCUCUGCUCCAGCUGUAA